UGGGGAUCGGGAACAUGGUAGCGCCGUGGCUGAGAGCUCAGGCUGCUAACCAAAAAGUUGGCAGUUCGAAUGCACCAGCCCCUCCAUGGAAACCCUACGGGGUAGUUCUACUUUGUCCUAUUGGGUCGCUAUGAGUCAGAAUCCACUCGACAGCAAUAGGUUUGGGGGUUGGUGCAUUCUUCCACUGUGCCUUUCUGAAUGUGAUUCAGUAUUUUAACAUUUGUUAGUAGAACCCUGCAAACUUUGAAUAUUUUAGAGACCACUCUGAAUAUUUUAUUUCCUAGGAAAUAAUGCUAUCUCAGCAGACUUAAAAUGAUCAAAUGAAUUAAUAAGUGAAUGCACCUCCUACAUACUAGGAAGAUUGGAGAUAAUAAAUGUUUAUUCUGAUAAAUUUUGACCCUCAUUUCAACUUUGAACUUAUGCAUGUUGGGGCCAAAGUAAUUUUCUUAGGACAUUUUGUCUUUCUCCUUACUCAGCAAAACCAUUUUGUAUCUUAUUUAGCUUUUAAUCAUCCCUAUUGGAGGGGAAGAGAACAGAUAACUAUUGUACACAGCCAAUUUGACUUAACCUGUAAUUUUUUGAAGUAACUUUUUUUUCUGUUUAUAAAAGUAAUACGUGAUGUAUGUGUGGAAGACUUGGAAAACACUGAAAAAUAGAACCAAGGAAAAGAUGCUGAGAUGAACCGUCAGCUAUGUGUUUGGCUUUUUAGACAUCCAUCGCUUAAUGGCUAUCACCGGCAUCACAUCCACCUUCAUUCUCAACGGUUUAGACACAUAGAUCUUGACACAAGGAUGUGGAUUUUUAGACAAAAUAGGAAUCACAUUCUCCAUUCUCUGUUACAUAAGAAUUCAUCCAGAAGACAUUGUCAUCGAGACACCAGCUUGCCAUGGAAGCAUGAAGCCCUACAGAAAUAUAUGGAGGACCUCAACAAGGAGUACCUGAAACUUGAUCAGUGUUUGCUGCAUAUCUCUGUGAAUGAAGGUGAUCAAAGGUCCUUGAACCAAAGGCAUGCUGAGUUGGCACCACUAGCAGCCAUUUAUCAAGAAAUUCAGAAGGCUGAACAAGCAAUCGAAGAAUUAGAAUCAAUGUGUAAAAGUCUAAAUAAACAAGAUGAAAAGCAGUUACAAGAACUUGCAUUAGAAGAAAGGCAAACUAUUGAUCAAAAAAUCAGCACGUUAUACCAUGAGCUUUUCCAGAGCCUAGUGCCAAAGGAUAAAUGUGAUAAAAAUGAUGUGAUUUUAGAGGUAACAUCUGGAAGAACUACUGGAGGUGAUAUUUGCCAGCAGUUUACCCGGGAAAUAUUUGACAUGUACCAGAGUUACUCAUGCUAUAAAGACUGGAACUUUGAACUUGUGAAUUAUACACCAGCUGAUUAUGGUGGGCUACAUCAUGCAGCUGCCCGAAUUUCUGGUGGUAAUGUCUACAGGCAUUUGAAGUAUGAAGGUGGGAUUCACCGAGUUCAACGAAUUCCAGAGGUUGGCCUGUCAUCAAGGAUGCAGCGUAUUCACACAGGAACAAUGUCGGUUAUUGUCCUUCCUCAACCAGAUGAGAUAGAUGUGAAAGUGGACCCCAACGAUUUGCGAGUAGAUACAUUUCGAGCCAAAGGAGCAGGGGGACAGCAUGUUAAUACAACCGAUAGUGCUGUCAGGCUUGUCCACAUCCCCACAGGGCUGGUAGUAGAAUGCCAACAAGAACGAUCACAGAUAAAAAAUAAAGAAAUAGCCUUGCGUGUGUUGAGAGCUAAGCUCUACCAGCAGAUUGUUGAGAAGGACAGGUGUCAACAACAAAGUGCUAGGAAACUGCAGGUGGGAACAAGAGCCCAAUCAGAGAGAAUACGGACAUAUAAUUUCACCCAGGAUAGAGUCACUGACCACAGGAUAGCAUAUGAAGUUCGUGAUAUUAAGGAAUUUCUGUGUGGUGAGAAGGCCCUGGAUCAGCUAAUUCAGAGACUGCUUCAAUCAGCAGAUGAAGAAGCCAUGGCUGAAUUUUUGGAUAAAAACCUUAAAUCAGCAAAAUAAAUGCUGAUUUAUUAUUUAUUGUAAAUGAAAUGGACCUAGAUCAAGAAGAAGACUGAGGCGUGGAAAUCUUAAUGAAUUUUCAUAAAGUACAGCUAAAAGUGCACCCACUCCCACUGCCGUCGAGUCGAUUCCGACUCAUACCGACCCUGUAGGACAGAGUAGAACUGCCCUGUAGAGUUUCCAAGGAACGGCUGGCGGAUUAAAACUGCUGACCUUUUGGUUAGUGGCCGUAGCACUUAACCACUACACCAGGGUUUCCAAAAGUCCAUAGUACUUACAAAUAUUUUUUAAUGAAUCGAGUCACAUUUCUUAAUCUAAAAGUUUAUUUUAGGUUUCCUGUAAGGCGCAAUCCAGCUCUUCAAGUAGAAAACAAGCAUGCAUCAUUAAAAAGAGAAAGUAUUGAGAAUUGGUUAUAGGUGUUAGAAUAGAUCACUUGAUCUCUUUAUAUGCCUUUUCUUAGCCGUAUAAAAAGUCCCUGGAUGGUGUAAACGGUUAAUGUCCUCGGCUGCUAACUGAAAAGCUGGUGGUUAGAGUUCGCCUAGAGGCGCCUUAGAAGAAAGGCCCAGCCCAGCAGUCAGCUUCAAAAAAUCAGCUUCUGAAAACACUGGAGAACAGUUCUACCCUGACAUACAUAGGGUGUCCGGGAGUUGGAGUCAACCCGAUGGCAACUGUUUUUUGUGUGUGUGUGUGUGUUUUUCUUUUUCCUUUUUUUAAAAUAAUUUUUAUUGUGCUUUAAGUGACAGUUUACAAAUCAAGAGAGUCUCUCACACAAAAACCUGUACACAACUUGCUACAUACUCCCAAUUACUUCAGCCCCCGCAUGAGACAGCCCGCUCCCUCCUUCCACUCUCUCUGUGACCAUUUUGCCAGCUUCUAAGCCCCUCUAUCCUUGCAUCUCCCCUCCAGGCAGGAGAUGCCAACAUUGUCUCAAGUGUCCAGCCAAUCCAGGUAGCUCACGCCUCAGCAGGAUCCCUCUCCAGCCCAUUGUCCAGUCCAAUCCAUGUCUGAUGAGCUGGCUUUGGGGAUGGUUCCUGUAGUGGGCCAACAGAAGGUCUGGAGGCCAUGAUCACUGGGGUCCUUCCAGUCUCAGUCAAACCAUUAAGUCUGGUCUUUUUAUGAGAAUUUGGGGUCUGCGGCUCACUGGUCUCCUGCUUCCUCAGGGGUUCUGUGUUGUGUUCCCUGUCAGGGCAGUCAUUGGUUGUGGCUGGGCAUCAUCUCAUUCUCCUGGUCUCAAGAUGAUGUAGCCUCUGGUUCAUGUAGCCCUUUCUGUCUCUUGGGCUCAUUGUUAUCUUGUGUUCUUGGUGUUCUUCAUUUUCCUUUGAUCCAGGUGGGUUGAGACCCACUGAUGCAUCUUAGAUGGCCACUUGCUAGCAUUUAAGACCCCAGACGCCACUCUUCAAAGUGAGAUGCAGAAUGUUUUCUUAAUAGGUUUUAUUAUGCCAAUUGACUUAGAUUUCCCCUGAAACUGUGGUCCCCAAACCCCUGCCCCUGCCUCGCUGACCUUCGAAGCAUUCAGUUUAUUCAGGACACUGCUUUGCUUUGGUUUAGCCAAUUGUGCUGACCUCCACUGUGUUGAGUGUUGUGCUUCCCUUCACCCAAAGUAGUUCUUGUCUAGUAUCUGUUUAGUAAAUACCCCUCUCCCACCCUCCUUCCCUCCCCCACCCAUAACCACAAAAGAGUUUGUUCUUCUCAGUUUAAACUAUUUCUCAAGAUCUUGUAAUAGUGGUCUUAUACAAUAUUUGUCUUUUUGCAACUGACUAAUUUCACUCAGCAUAAUGCCUUCCAGGUUUCUCCAUGUUAUAAAAUGUUUCACAGAUUCAUCACUGUUCUUUAUCAGUGCAUACCAUUCCAUUGUGUAGAUAUACCAUAAUUUAUUUAUCCAUUCAUCAGUUGAUGAGGAUCUUGGUUGGUUCAGUCUUUUUGCUGUUGUAAACAGUGCUGCAGUAAACAUGGGUGUGCAUAUAUCUGUUCAUGUAAAGGCUUUUAUUUCUCUAGGAUAUAUUCCGAGGAGUGGGAUUGCUGGGUCGUAUGGUAGUUCUAUUUCUAGCUUUUUAAGAAAGUGCCAAAUCGAUUUCCAAAGUGGUUGUACCAUUUUACAUUUCCACCCGCAGUGUGGCAAAUGUUUUUUUAAUAAAUUAAAAAAUUUUUCAGUUCAGGAAAAUGUAAAAUUUAGUGAUUUAAGGUUAUAAAGUUUUUUUAUAAAGCCUUUACUUAAAGACAAAGUAUUAUUUAUCAUGUCAAAGUUAGGACUUUAAGUUCUACUUUUAAGUAACACAUAAAUACAAAUUGGGAAGAAUUUGAGCCCCUCAGUAACAGUGAACAUCCCCAGGAAAAAGAUUAUAAAUUUCUUUGAAAGCUGAAUGAAUUCUGUACCAUGUAAAUUACAAACCAAUAUUUAAAGUAAA